AUGCUUGUGUUGGGAGGCAAUGGAUUUGUUGGAUCACACAUUUGUAGAGAAGCCUUAAAUCAUGGUUUAUCUGUUGCGAGUAUUAGCAGGUCUGGCAGGUCAUCUCUGCAUGACUCCUGGGCAAGCAACGUCAUUUGGUAUAAAGGGAAUCUACUUUCAGCUCAUUCAUUGAAAGAAGCUCUGAAUGGGGUCACUGCUGUUAUGUCAUGUAUAGGCGGUUUUGGCUCCAACUCAUACAUGUACAAAAUUAAUGGAACUGCUAACAUCAAUGCAAUUAGAGCAGCUUCCGAUCAAGAGAGCUGCGUUCUCCAACAUAAUAGAGCAUUGAACCAGAUUCCACUUGUUGGGCCUGUAUUGACACCUCCUAUCAAUGUUACUGCUAUGGCUAAAGUUGCUGUUAGAGCUGCUACUGAUCCCGUUUUCCCUCCGUUGUAGCAUUGAAUACAACGUUACAGUCAGAACAAAUGUAGAAUUAGCUUUUUUUGGUUUCCAGAGUAUAUCUGAUAGGAGGUAAUUUAUCUAUGGAAUAUCCAUUUUACUAUAAUUAAACUGAGAAUAUUUCCUUUCCCAUUUCCACAAUAUGUUAAUGUCAGAAUCUUUUUCUGUCGGAUUCUCUAGUCUGAUGUAAUUAACCAGUUGUUUGGGGUCAAUAUAUAUGUCAAUUAUAUUA